AAUUGUAUCUUAUCAUUCGAUAAUUCAAUCUUUAAUGAAUUUGAUUAGUCUUUUUGUUAAAUUUUUUAAUAAGUUUAUUUUACAAGAUAAGUAUAAUUUUUUAUUUAAAAUUUCAAAGUAAUGCUUGCACAAUAUCCAAGAAACUCUUGCUUUUUGGUUCCUCACUUUUUCUCCCCAACUGUUCCCAUGACUACCUCGCCGCACCGUUCUGGCGGCGAAAGCGACGGCAACGGCGACAAAAGACCAAGACAUUUCGACACAAAGACAAAGAGCAUCUGCUGGACAAAGGCUGAUACUGUACCCGGCCGUCACCCAGAAAGGUGGCGUAAAGACGCCGCCGGUAACAUUGUCUGCAAACGCUUCUUCAACUGCCUUGGUUGCCUCUGCUACGAGUACGAUCAUAUCAUCCCUUUUUCCAAAGGUGGUGAAUCAACAGCUGAUAAUUGCCAAAUACUUCAAUCAAGAGUUAAUAGAUUGAAAUCGGACAAAUAUGAGAUUGAUUCGGACAAGUUGAAAGGCUACUCUUGUGAUAUCAAUUUUACUGACAAGGAGCUUGAUAUAAUUGAGAUGGCUGUUUAUGGUGAUGUAAUCCGGCCAGGAAACCAGUGUAGAUGCAGAACUGUUGAUGAAAUGCUUGGAAAGUUUAAGGCGAAAGCAAAAGACAACACAGAUGCGUGCAAGUUGCCAUAGCAGAGGAUGAAUCUUAGCUAUAAUAAGCAAUUUUUCAAGACGACUUGCAUUAGUAAUAGAAGACGAAUCUUUUACCUUACUCUCUUUUCUUAUUUUUCAGAGAAAACAUUACAAUUCUUACUUUCCUUCAGUGAAAACAUAAGUUGUAAAUUUUAGACAAAAGUACCCACUAGAUUGUUGGGUAGUGCAUCAGCAAAGGUUUUAUUACAGCACCAGAUUGUUGCAAAUUCUCAACUUGAGAAUCUCUGUAACCCUGAAGUGUGUCAGGUGUCCAUGACGACAAAUGUUAUUGCAUUCAAUUAUAUUAAUUUUUUAAAAUUAUUACAGA